CUCCAGCUCCUCACCCCAGUGCAGGACACACUGUGAUAACAGCUCUGAAGCUCCUACCCACACCCAUUUACUUCAUGGCUGCCUCAGGGGGACAGCCGGACAAAAUUACAAAGCCCUGAGGAAAGGCAACCACGAAAAUAACCUGCCCCAACCUGAACAAGAUAACAAACACACUUCAGUACCACCCCAGGAGGAGUUUGUAUGUAUGACCAAUUGCCCUACUCUGAUUGUCAUGGUGGGUCUCCCAGCAAGAGGAAAAACCUACAUCUCGAAGAAGCUGACACGCUACUUAAAUUGGAUUGGAGUGCCUACGAAAGAAUUUAAUGUCGGUCAAUAUCGUCGAGAUUUGGUGAAAAAGUAUAAAUCCUUUGAAUUCUUCCUGCCUGACAAUGAAGAAGGCUUGAAAAUCAGGAAACAGUGUGCCUUAGCAGCGCUGAAUGACGUCCGGCAGUACCUCAGUGAAGAGAACGGGCAUGUGGCCGUCUUUGAUGCUACAAACACAACUCGAGAACGUAGAGAAACUAUUUAUAAAUUUGGUGAAGAAAAUGGAUAUAAGACUUUUUUUGUGGAGUCUGUGUGUGUCGAUCCAGAGGUCAUUGCUGCAAACAUUGUGCAAGUGAAGCUGGGUAGUCCUGACUAUGUUGAUUGUAGUAAUGAUGAAGCAACAGAAGACUUCAUGAAAAGAAUAGAGUGCUACAAGAACUCAUAUGAGACCUUAGAUGAAACUCUGGACAAGGAUCUUUCUUACAUUAAAAUUAUGGAUGUCGGAAGGAGUUAUCUCGUGAACAGAGUGAUGGAUCACAUCCAGAGCCGGAUUGUCUACUACCUCAUGAAUAUCCAUGUGACUCCUCGGUCAAUCUACCUCUGCCGACACGGAGAGAGCGAGCUCAACCUGAAGGGGAGGAUAGGAGGAGAUCCUGGGCUGUCUGUCAGGGGGAAAGAAUUUGCCAAAAGCUUGGCACAGUUUAUUAAUGAGCAAAAUAUCAAAGAUCUGAAAGUUUGGACCAGCCAGAUGAAAAGGACAAUUCAGACUGCUGAAGCCUUGGGAGUGCCUUAUGAGCAGUGGAAAGUUUUAAAUGAGAUAGAUGCAGGAGUGUGUGAAGAAAUGACAUAUGAAGAAAUACAGGAAAAUUAUCCGCUUGAAUUUGCACUGAGAGACCAAGACAAAUACAGAUACAGAUACCCUAAAGGGGAGUCUUAUGAAGAUCUUGUUCAGAGGCUGGAGCCAGUAAUUAUGGAACUCGAAAGGCAGGAAAAUGUGCUUGUCAUUUGUCACCAAGCUGUCAUGCGCUGUUUGCUCGCAUAUUUCCUUGACAAGCCUGCAGAACAACUGCCCUACCUGAAGUGCCCACUGCAUACUGUCUUAAAGCUAACCCCGGUGGCUUAUGGAUGUAAAGUAGAAUCUAUAUUUCUGAAUGUCGAAGCUGUAAACACACACAGAGAUAAACCUGAGCCAAAGCUGGAGAGGAAGACUAGAUCUCAGGAAACAGCAGGACAACCGGGGGAAGGAAAUUGAGCGUGUUUGUAAAAUAAUGUAGGUGUGAAUAGGUCGAGAGAAGAAGCUUUGAGGACAGUCCCCACCCACCUAUAGCUGCAGCUUCUGGGGCGGCAGCCCUUCCUCCAGCAGCUCAGGGCCCGGCGGUGUCGGAGCGGGGCGGGAUGGACGCGCCUCCCCUUCCCUUGGAGACAUUUCGAAUGUGAUUCCACUUCUUUGCUCGUGGAUAACUCAAAAGGUAUCAGUGAAAAGAUUGUGGGAAGCAGAGCAGAGUUGGUUUUAGAUUUUUCUUAUGUAAAUUUGUGCAUUUUCAGUGGGUUUUUACUGUUUGUCCGUGGAUAAUGCAAGGUGGUUAAUUGCCCGUGUUGAUUUUACUGUCAGAUUUUAACUAGAUUUUGUUUUCUUUUGUAAGUGUUUUUUCAGAGAGUGCUCUUAUUUUUACUGUGAAUGAUUGCCUAGAAUUACAUGGAGUUUUUUUGAUGGUGUAUCUAACCUGGGCAAAAUUCUGCAUUUUGAGCACUGGAGGCUUCAUGUUGCAAAGCUGCUUUAAAUGGGGAAGCCCAUCAGCUCUGAUAAUUGUCCUGUGUUUUAAAUUGAACUUUGGUUUGCCAGCCACAACUUCAGAUUUUUCUGAAAUUCACAAGGGAGAUGUUCCCUUUGGAAAAAUCAAAGCAUUAAAGCUGGAUUUGCUGCCUGGGAAAUUCUGCUAUUUAGCAAGAUUUUAACACUUUCCAGAGAGCAGGUGUAUUUUGGAGGGCAGUGGGAGACAUGAGUGUGAGUGACAGCUGGGGAAUGAAUCAAGAGAGGGAGAGAGUCACAUCCUUUCUGCUGCAGUUAUGGGAGGGGAUGAGCAGCUUCUCUGAGUUUGGAAGGGAGGGGAAAAGGAUUCAGCCUGUCAAGGGCUGGAAAAGCUGCUUGUCUUGCUAGUGUUGUCAUUAUAUUUUUAGAGAACUUUUGGAAUGAAUUUCAACAUAAUAGUAUAUGUUUCUCUUUUAUAGCAACAUUUAAUACCUACAUCAGGAAACAGUACAGAAAGGUUAGGUGAGUUUAACCAUUCUAACAGCUCAUGCAACAAAAACACCAGGUAAAUGCUGAAAUAAUUUUUAACAUGGCACACUUGCCUUGGGGUUUUUUGUAUUGUUUUUAAGCACCUUCCAUCAUCCCAAUUCUUUGUUGCUCUUUUACACCUAGUGAAACUCCAGUGCUAAAAAUGGAAUUUUCUGUGUCUGUCAAGGUCACAACCUUUUAACUGUACUAAAUCAAAGUGUAUUUUGUAUGUGUGUUACCAGACAACUGAAGUGAGCUGCCAGCACUGCUGCUGGCUCUAGCUCUGAAAUGAGGAGAAACUAUUCUUUGGUAGCUGGACUGUUUUUUUCUAAAGAUUCUCUCCAAUUAAUUGAGCUUUUACCAUGUGAGUUGUUUGGGUUGUUUUGUUGUUUUGGUUUUAUUUUUUUCUUUCCUGAAUUCCUGUGUGAAAUACCAGGCCCUGGUAACAUAGUUUUGCAGGCAAGGGCUAAAUUGUCUUUUGUUUGUGCAGGGUUUAUACAAUAAUGUGCUGCUGUUGUGUUUUUUGUUGUUUUUUUUUUUUAAUAAGCUAAAUUCAGCAAUAUAUUCAGCUUUGGAAGUAAGCCAUAGUGCAUUGCUGGGUUCUGUUUCAGAGGAGGAAUGUGGAGGGUGCAGAAUGACCAGGAACACUUUGCUUCAAGCGCUGCUGUCUAAAGCUUUGUGUGUGUGUGUGUGUGUUAUGGUAAUGCCAUUUCAGACCUUUAUUAAUUCAGCUGUGCCCAUAGUUGUGGGGUGAGGAGAGAAGCCUGCCUGGCACUGCUCAGAGAAGUGAAUUUAUUGAGGUGUGGUUAACAAGGCCACCUUUGUAGCACAGCUGAAGGAGCAAUUUCCCCUCUCACUGUGGUGCGGGAAAGCAGGGCUGUGUCCCAGCCCUCGCUCCUCUGCUAGGACAGGAGGGGUGGUUAAACAGUUUUUACAUUGAGAAUGUCAGGAUUUAUCUGUAAAAAUCCCAGGAGGCUGCAUUAGAGAAGUGGAUUUUACUGGCAGACUGUGAGCUCAGACCUGGCUGAAGAAAUGUGGGCAGGAAUGCCUCCCCCAGUGAAAGCUGAGCCCAGGGGCUGCUUCUCUUUGCUGACAAGCACGGCUUGAAGUGUUUCCUCUGCCCCUUUGUUUUACCUCUCUGAUCUGUCAGAGGUGCUGUAACAUCCUUGAGGCUACAUGUUCUAUGUACAGUAGGUAUUUUUAUAGCCUGCUUUCAAAUAUACUGUGAUGAGUGUUUUACUGCAAUGGGUGUUCAGUAAAAAGAGUUGUAUACAAGUGUAAAUAAACUACUGUGCUGAUACUUGAAGAGGAAAAAAAAAAUAAAAAGUUGUUGGUUCUAGGGUAGGAAGGUACUAAAUCAGUGACUGCAUCUGACCCUGGCUGGAGAGAGUAGGUGUGGAUGAUGAAUGUAGAUUUGUGCUGAAUGUAGAUUUGGAGUGAUGGGUUCUCCCAGGCUGUAAUCCUAACUGCUGUUCUGGGAAGGCACAGUUAAGAAUUGCCAUUAAUUGUCACUUUCUAAAAGUGUGUCCCCCACUCCUGACAGAACAGUCACUGCCAGGGGAAAGGAAAACCCUUGUCCUGACCUUUGUGUUUGUACCAUUUGACUGCCUGUGUCCUGUGUGUGCCUGGCUCAGAUGCAGUCUCUCAAAUGGGAUUAAAUCAUCCUUUCUUACAUUGUUGGCCUUUGUUGUGAUCUUUCAGACAAAUGUAAUCAUUUGACCUUUGAUCCAAGUAAUAAAGAUCAAAUGCUACAA